AUGGGCGAUGACAAAAUGGUGACGUCUAUUAGUGCGACCAACAGACGCUUUAGCCACAAUGAUUAUACAAUCGCAUGGAUCUCAGCCCUCCCAUUGGAGAUGGCGGUCGCUGAGGCGAUGCUGGAUGAGAUACACCCCCGUUUAUCAACCCCACGGAAUGAUGAUAACACAUACAUUUUUGGUCGGAUUCAUAAUCACAAUAUCGUUAUUGCGUGCCUUCCAGUAGGCGUGUAUGGAACAAACUCAGCUGCGACAAUAGCGAGCCAGAUACGAUCAACAUUCGGGUCAAUCCGUUUUGGCCUGAUGGUUGGUAUUGGCGGGGGAGUGCCUACUACAGAUUCCGAUAUUCGACUUGGCGAUGUUGUUGUCAGCAAACCAACAAGGGACUUUGGUGGGAUUGUACAGUAUGAUUAUGGCAAAGCGUUGAGCGGCGGUCGUUUUGAGCGGACCGGCAUUCUCAAUAAGCCACCGACGGUGCUCUUAACAGCUGUCUCUAGACUGCAAGCAGCGCACAUGAUAGGGAAAAACCAAGUCCCAACUCUCCUGUCUGAAAUAAUAGCGAAAUACCCUGUCAUGAGAGAUAGUUUUGCGUAUCCUUCUAACACCCGUGAUCAGUUAUUUCAUUCCAAAUAUGACCACAGCGAAUCAGAAGAUACAUGUGUCAACUGUGAUACAGGCAGUGAAGUGAAACGAGUUGCUAGACCUAGUCAUGAUCCUACUAUUCAUUAUGGGCUCAUUGCGUCUGCAAAUCAGGUCAUGAAAGAUGGCCGCAUACGGGAUAAACUGGCACAGGAACUAGGCAUCCUCUGCUUCGAGAUGGAAGCUGCGGGAUUGAUGGACAACUUCCCAUGUUUGGUGAUUCGGGGUAUUUGUGACUAUGCAGAUUCACAUAAAAACAAACAGUGGCAAGGAUACGCGGCAGCAACAGCAGCUGCAUAUGCUAAAGAACUUCUCACUGUUGUCCAGACAAAUCAGUUAGUAGACACGCCAACACAGUCUGCUGGUGCUGUAUUUCAUCACCAUGAAACAAUCGCAGCUGGGGCGAAGCCAUCUACUAGUAGUGCAGUUCAGCGAAGUUAUCACCACGAUGACGAGAGACUCCUCAAGCGAAUUUCCAGCUAUGAUUAUGAGAAAGCUCACAGAAGACUGUCUCAUAAACGGCUCACAGAUAGCACCAAAUGGUUUCUGGACCACCCGGACUUCAAAGCAUGGUUUAACGAGGGGGGUUCCUCCAGUUUGUGGUGCUCAGGCAAGAUUGGCUCUGGCAAAACAAUGAUCGCGACCGCAGCAAUAGAUGCUGCAAAAUAUCGUUACUCCGAGCUUCCCCCUGCCACAGUAUUCUUUUACUGCCAAAAUGAACGGGGUGAAACGCUGCAAGCAUCAUACAUUCUUUCCAGCUUUAUCAAACAGCUAGGCGAUUUCUUACGUCGGUACUCUAAGCCCUUUUCAAAGGACCUUGCAGGAAAACUUCAAAGUUUCUUCGGAAAUGAUCGGAUAGUACCAGAUUUUGAAGAUCUUCAAGACAUUUUUAUGCAGGUUUUCUAUGAUGUGCCAAAAACGGUUUAUAUUGUCGAUGGGAUUGAUGCCCUUGAUGAGGAAAACAGCAACCGCUUCCUCAAAUCCAUCCAGUCGAUAUUCCGGGGCUCCAGAUCACUGCAAGGGUCACGCAUUUUACUCUUUAGUAGGGAGCAGAUCUCAGGUUUUAUAAACAUUGCAACCUUCAUUCCAGGAAUUUGCCAAAUCUCAACACUGGGAAAUGUUAUGGGGGACAUUAAAAGGUUUCUUUGGGUCUAUCUCCAGCUGGAGAUUCUAUGGAGUACGUGCUUCACGGACGCAGAAAUCAGGCUAGCAUUAAACCAGCUACCCAAGGAUCUAGAGGAGACAUAUCACUAUUGCAUCCAAAGAAUAACCUCUCAAGAUACUGAUAACAGAGCUUUGAAAGUCCUUAAAUGGGUUAGCUUUGCUACCAGGCCACUUCAUAUUGAGGAACUGAAAGAAGCGGUAGCAUUUGACCUGUCGGAUACUGCAUGGGACGGCGAAAAAGUACCACAGGAAGAUUUCAUUAUCGGCUGUUGUGCAAACCUUGUGGUCUUAGACCCAGCCGAUCACUGUGUUCGUUUUGCACACUCAUCUGUGAAAUUAUAUCUCGAGAAGCAUCGAGACGCCAUUGCUUCAACAUACCCCAUCAAUGAAGAGCAAGGACAACUACAGUGCGGAGAGUUCUGCAUCGCUUAUCUUUCUUUUUCGAAUUUUAAUUUAUCGGUAGAAAAAAAGGGCCAUGAGACAACAAGUUCUGUGGUACCAAACCCGACUUUCCUUGCAGGCGAGGCCAUUGCAUCCCCGUUCAGACACUUCUUUCGGACUCCAAAGAAGGGAAAACGGCCCACUACUCUACAAUUUCAGAGAAUACGCACAUCUUCUACACCAGACAGAAAACAAUUCAAGUUCCUUGACUAUGCCGUCAAGAACUGGGCUCCACAAACAAAAUGGAUAACACGGUUUUCCCCAGUGUGGGACAAGUUUGAACAACUCGCAACAAACUUCAACGAAACCUGGAACUUUCAUCCUUGGGAUCUGGGUGGACGAUCAAUACCGUCACGCUUACAUAGUCUCCUUGGAUGGGCUGUCAAAGAGCGGCAUAUGCCUCUUUUCACCAUUGCACUCCAGUCCGGAAAAUACGUACAGCAAGUUUGCAACCUUCCCCUUGCUGAUGAGAGUCUUCCCGUGCUUCAUAUCGCGUCAAAAUUGGGAUAUCAUGAGAUGAUAGAGGGCCUUCUAAAGAUCUGCAAUGUUGACUCGUUAGACGUGGAGAAUUAUACUCCUCUGCAUCACGCCGCUGCUAGGGGUCAUUUUGAUAUCGUACAAUGGCUUUCAAGUACACGGGGGGCCUUUAUAGACUUGGAAGCAAAAUCAAAAGUCACCCCGCUUUGGCUUGCUGCUUCUAAUGGACACGAGAAAAUUGUUUCUCUUCUUAUCGAGAAGAAAUGCAAGAUUGACGCAGUCGACGUCUUUAGUGGCAAAACGGCUCUUUGUCAAGCUGCGGGAAAUGGGCAUCAUGCGAUCGUGGGCAUUUUGCUAAGUAAUAAAGCUGAUCUUGACUCCAAAGAUAAAAAUGGGUGGACACCGCUGCGGUGGGCUGCAGAGAACAGGCAUAAACAAGUGGUGAGAAUGAUAGCCGAAAAUGGCACCGGGGGAAACAUCGAGUAUAAAAUCUUGAUUUUAGGCACCCAAAAGAGCGGUAAAUCAACCCUUUGGAAGCAGUUAAGGUUUUUGUCUGGUUCUCGAGCUACGAUAGAAGAGCGGGCUCUAUAUCGCCCCAUUAUAUACGGAAACCUACUUAAUUCGGCAGAUUCGGUACUGCAAGCUAUGCAGUAUUUUAAUGUGAAUCCUAGAGAUGAAGGAAAUCAAGAGUAUCUUGAAUUCCUGACGAAAUAUAUUCGUACCGCUAACCGUAAUAAUCCUCCUGAUCCGAAAGUUGGGGAGGCUAUGUCUUCAUUAUGGAAGGAUGAAAGUAUCAACGAGUUAAUGAAGCACCGAACUGAGUUACUCUACAUGUAUGAUUCAGCUCCUUAUUUCUUCAAUGAAGCCAAACGAAUAGUUACUCAGGACUAUCUGCCAACUGAAGAUGAUAUAAUCAGGGUCAGACUUACGAAAACUAGCAACAUAACAAGCAACAAACUCUACCUGAAAGGAAUAAAGAUUGACAUAUGGGAUGUUGGAGGGGCGCGGAGCGAUAGGAAGAAAUGGGUCCAUUGUUUCGAUAACAUGGCUUUGAUGAUAUUUUGUGCUUCUUUGAGUGAAUAUAACCAAACUUUGAUUGAGGACAUUAACCAGACCUGCAUGGGGGAGAGCCUGCAAUUACUUGAAGCAUUGCUUGAUUCCAAGUGGUUCUUAACGACCACCAUUGCCAUUUUCUUUACCAAAUACGACUUGCUCAAAAAGAAGCUAGUUAAUUCCCCUCUUGAAAACUUUUUCCCGGAUUAUACAGGCGGAAAUGACGUGGCCCUUGCAACGAAAUAUAUCGUCGGAAAAUUCGAGGAAAUCGGUAAAAAACAUUCAAAUGUUCAUUCUUAUAUACUUGACCUUACUGACAUCGCCAAAGUUGAUGUUGUUUUUGAAGAUGUUAGAGAUGUGAUAGUUAUGGAUUAUAUAGCAAAACUUGAAGUGUUGUAG